AUCCAGGUGAACAUUCACACAUAAAAAUUAUGUCGGACUUCUCCCAGCUUCUUCAAGAAGCUGAAAAGUUGACUAGUGAACUAGAAGGAAUAACAGAGCUACCUAAAGUCGAACGCUCACUCAGGCAAGUGUUGGAAGCCUCAAAUGAUCUGUAUACUAGAGUGGCUCAAACAGGAGCCAAGGAUAUUCAGGCCAACCUUUUGCUAGGUUCAAAAGGGGUUGAUCUUCCUAGAAUAGCUCAAAAGUUAGAAUCAAUCAGUACCAAGCGCACAUUUGAACCUAUACAGCCUAUAGAAGACUUGGAUAUUUAUAAUAUCCUUGAGAAUGAGACUAGAAAUAAGAUUUUGGCUACUUUUGAUUCUGGGUACAGUACCAUGUUAUCAUUCACUUAUGAUACAGCCUGGGAACAUCAAAACUCUGAAUGGAAGCAAGAAAAAAGGAAAAUACUAAGUGCUAUGGGAUCUAGCUCUGGUGCUGCAAUGGAAGUUUGUAAACAGCUCAGCAUAACUUUGGACCGCCCAAUUUAUUCUGUUGGUAAUCUUGGCCCAAUAGAGACAAUUUAUGUUUCCAAAAUAAUGGAUUAUAAUAAGAUUGUCAAUAGGGAAGCACAGAAACCAAGUCUAGUGAAUAUAUUUGCUGGGAUUUCAUCUGAAUUCAAGGAUGCCAAAAUCACAGAUAUGUGGGAAAUAAUUAAGUACAUGGUUCAGUUGGCUCCAUUUCCACAAGGUGAUGAUCCUAUCAAGACUAGAAACAGUAAAUCCUUCAUUGAAGCCCUUGUAAAACAAGGCAAAAAGUACUUGGAGGAUAGAUACAAAACCUACAUGAACAACAUUAUCAAUGAAAACUUAGCUCAAGCAAUUCGUGGUGGCAUACCAGGCACUUACCAUCUAGUAAGAAGUUUUGUUGGGUUGCGUUUACAAGGAGAAUACAUGGGUCUACAGAAUGGGCUCAUAGAUGACCGUCCCCUAUGGCCAAUGGUGUACUACUGCCUCAGAUCAGGUGAUCUUGGUGCAGCAGUCUUUUGCCUGAAAAAAAGUGGCCUACCAGAAUUUCAAGAGUUGAUUCUUCUACUUGAAGGAAAACUGAACAAUGCUCCAAGUGCCCAAAUCACCAAACUGGAAGAUAGCAUCAAGUUCUCCUACAGGAGAGUUGUUAGGAAUGAUACAGACCCUUUCAAACGCAUCAUUUGGGCAGCCCUUGGCUGUUGUGACAUCUCAGAUGAACAUUCAGAAGUAGCACGUACUGCUGAUGAUUAUCUGUGGCUCAAACUCAGCUUAGUGAGAGUAAAUGCUAUCAAAGAUGAUCAUAUAAAUUACAAUGACUUGCAGAGAAUCAUUCUGGAGGAGUAUGGAGAAACACACUAUGAUGCUUUCAACCAACCACACCUAUAUUUCCAAGUUCUAGCUCUGACUGGGCAAUUUGAGGCUGCUAUAGAGUUUUUAUCAAGGAUUGAAAAGUUCAGGGUGCAUGGAGUCCACAUGGCAAUAGCAUUGAAUGAGUUGUACAUAUUAGGGGGCCCACCAGAUACUAGUUCUCCCCUGCUGAGUACAGAUCCCAUGGAUGAAAAACCAGCUUGUAGGUUGAAUCUGGCCCGUCUUAUUAUGCUUUAUGUACGGAAAUUUGAACUGACCUCACCAAAUGAGGCUCUGCAGUAUUUCUUCUUCUUGAGAAAUUACACAGAUUCCGAAGGACAAAAUUUAUUCAAGGUCAGUGUCUCUUACUUGGCCAUUGAGACCAAGCAAUAUGAAGCAAUUCUAGGCAAAGUACAGAGGAAUGGGAUCAGAACCAAGGGACUUGUAGACCAGUUUAUGAGUGCUGAAAGCAUUGCUCAGAUGAUAGGGGACAACUUGGUCAAAAAGGGAUUGCAUGAGGAAGCAAUUGAGCUGUAUGAUAUAGCUAAUAAUCAAGAGGAACUGUUGAAGCUAGUGUGUGGGAUCUUAUCCAGAACAGCACAAUUGGAAGGUGAGCCUGAUUCUCUCAGGAACAGGGUUCAGGAGAAAGCUGUAGAGUAUGCUGAAAGAUUUUCUAGAGAGGGUUAUAGAACUACCAUGACCAUUGUCAACACUUUUGUCAAACUGAAAGAUAUCUUGUCUUUCUUUGACCAGUAUCAUGCAAAGCAGUACAACCAUGCUCUGAAAAUUCUCAAUGAUUUGCAACUGAUACCUCUCAGACCAGAAGAGAUAGACAGUCGGGUCAAGAGUUUCAAAAACCUUCACUCUGAUUUAUGCAAAGUUAUCCCUGAUAUGCUAUUGGCAACAAUGAAUAUGCUUUUUGCUGAGUACCAGAAGAUUAAAUCAACAGAGUAUGUUCCUCGUUUUUAUGAUGAAUCCACCAAUAGGCAGUUGAAUCAUUUGAGAGAGCAAGCAAAAUGUUUGACCAAUUUUACAGGAAUGUUGCCCUAUAGGAUGCCUGGCGACACCAAUAGCAGAUUGGUGCAGAUGGAAAUAUUGAUGCAUUAGUUUUUUUACUGUUUUUUAAUAUAAGUAAUAAAAAUAUUGUUUUUCCACCACUGGAAACCCA